AUGGACGAACUACCGUCACACGAGCCAAAAAACCGCUACAGUCGAAGCUCGAGCAUUGGAUCACCCGCGGACGCGAGAUAUGCUCCCCCAUCGCCGCUCCAUGAGCCGUCAGACGCCUCGCAAAUCGCCAUUGCCAUGGGGGGCGUGCGCCAGAGAUCGGCCUCGAUUCGAAAACACAGACGCCAGCAGCCAUCGCAGGUGUUCAUUCCGCCGAUGCACGAGAACGUCACGGCGCCACGUGAUGAGCAUGAGCCCAAAAUGUCGUCACCCGUGCCCGAAACAGACGAAAAACCGCUGCUCCAAACUUCGGCUGCAGGAGCCACUCUCCUGAUCGGUAUCCAGAUCCUGUCGAAACUGGCCUCGUUUGGUCUUAAUCAAAUGCUGCUGCUGGUAGCCACCCCAGCCCUGUUUGGAGCCAACGCACAGCUCGAGUUUGUGCUCAACACAGUGCUCUUCUUCUCACGAGAAGCAGUCCGACUCGCUCUCCAACGGCUCACCCUCGCUGGAAAGAAGCCAGAUGUGUACGUGUUUGGCGGGGGCGUCGUACAGGACACCGUAUCAGGCACUUCCCAGGCCGUCAUCAACAUGGGCUACAUCUCUGUACUCCUCGGAGUGUUUUUCUCCUCCGUGGCCGCUGCCUCCCACUCGCUGUUUUCGGUGGCGUACGCAUCAUGGGCGGUGCAGCUCGUCUGCAUAGCAGCCAUGGUCGACUUGGCAUCCGAGCCCUACUACGUUCUAGCUAUGCAACAGCUCAGAUUCCGAAGUAGAGCCGCGGCAGAGGCAGUCGCCAUUCUCGUGCGAUGUGUUGUCACAUUCUCCUUCACUCUGCUGGCCAAAGACACCGAUGGAGGCCUCAACGGUGGUGUGCUCGCGUUUGCAUUCGGCCAACUGGCCUAUUCGCUCAUCUCCUCUGCCGUGUACAUCUACACCGUUCGGCAGGACAACCGAGAUCGACAGUUUUCGUUCCGACCUCAGAAGAUCCAGCCGUUCGAGAGUCAGAUGGAGAUGUCUGACAACAACCGGGAUGUCAUCACACAUAACGCGUCUCCUUAUUAUCUAGACAAGCCCACUGUUCGACUCGCAGGAUCCAUCUGGAUUCAGACCGUAUUCAAGCACUGCCUCACCGAGGGCGACCGAAUUCUCGUGUCGUACUUCCUGCCUCUCUACGAUCAGGGAGUUUAUGCUAUCGUUCUCAACUACGGCUCUCUGGUUGCUCGAAUCGUGUUUUUCCCCAUCGAGGAGGGUCUUAGAACAUUCUUUUCCAAUCUGCUAGGCGAAAAGCCCUCCGAGACCGCUCUCAAGCUGUCCAGACAGGUGCUUUGUUCUGUAGUGAGAAUCUACACCUACGUGGCUCUCUUUGCUGCAGGUUUUGGUCCUACCACUCUACCCUUCAUCUUCGGUACCCUGCUUGGAGCUAGAGGUGGCCAGUGGUCCGAAGGAGCUCCGUCUCGGUCUGCUCCUGCCGUCAUGGGUGCCUUCGCACUGUACAUUCCCUUUAUGGCUCUCAAUGGAGCUCUGGAGAGUUUCGUGCAGUCUGUAGCUACGCCUGCUGAUCUUCGACGACAGGCUGUUGCCCUAGGUGUCUUCAGCGUGGUAUUUGCCACCGUUGGUGGUCUUCUGAUGAAAACUAUGGAUCUGGGAGCUCGAGGACUUGUUUUUGCCAACAUUGUCAACAUGACUCUUCGAAUUGGCUGGUCAGUGGUGUUCAUCUACCACUACUAUGUUAGCCACAAGGCCGAGAAUGUGAAUCCUACCCACCUGUUGCCCGGAAAGCUAGUGAUUGCUACCGGAGUAACCACCAUUUUGGCCUCGCUGUUUGGCGUGGGGCGUGUCUCUUCUUUCCGAGACGUUGGCAUCAACAUUGGUCUGGCUCUGGCGCUAGCUGCGGCUAUUGCCGUGGAGGAGCGACAAGCUUUGGUCCAGUUGGUGCAGCUUGUUCGAAAGAAGGAGGAUAAAGUCAAGGUGGACGACAAGGAGGAGAAGGAGAAGGAGAGCGACAAGUCCGAGGGCGAGUCGGAGUAA